AUGAUGCUACGCAAUAUUCUACACUGCCAGAAUGAAUCAAACUUUGUCUCCCUUUACAUACUUUUAUCUGUACGUCAGAGUCUCCCAUUGCCAGCUUGUCAGCACUUCCUGUGGUAUGCAAUACAUGUGGUCCACUCCACAUCUCUCUUCAGGAGCAAAUCGACUGUCAAUUCCGCAUCUUCGGUGGUCAUGGCUUCCUCGUUGCCCGACCGAGUGAGCUACGUGGAGGCUCACCGCCGCUUUAUGGCGCUUGAGAGCCCCAGCACAUCCGUAUCGGACCCGAGCUCCAAGGCCUUCCAGGAUGAGCUGACUAGCACUCUGCAGUACCUGAAGCAAUGCGUCCAACAGCGUCAACUGGACGGUGUGCUGUCAGCUAAUGAGCGUUUCUUCGAGCUGCAAAACACGCAGCUCUACGCUCUGUGCAUCGAGUACUACUUAGGCAUGCUCACACCCAAGCAGACGUUCUUCCAGCAGACAGAGAGAGAUGAGAAGCGCUCGGGACCCACCGAUCACACUCGCAACGUGGUGCACCGCAUCAAGUUCUUACGCGAGGCUGACGUCUUCCUCACCGAGUUCCUGGACCGUGCUGAGAAUGUUGGUCUCUUGACAGAGAAGAAGCGACGCGAGCAAUACGAGCGACUGGAGAGCAAACAGUUCUCAUUAUCGAGGGACGAGAAGGUCCAGCGCUUCCAGAUGCAGCGCGAGAUGGAGAAGAAGCUGCAGCAAGUGCAGAAGCGGCGCGAAGAGAAGGCAACAGAGGACGCUGACGAGCUGGACGAAGACGACAUGGAGGACCUCGAGCGCGAGCAGCUACUGACCUUCAUUCAGCUCUCUGUGGUUAAGAGUAUGGAGGAGCAGGCGUCGAUUAAUCAGGAGAAAGAGAUGCUGGAGACGAUGCUCAAGAUGAACGCGGCUACUGAGAGGCAGGAUCUUUUCUCGGAGGCGCAUCGACCGCCGCCGCCUGUGCAGGGACAGGGAAUUGAGGUGACGCGGAUUAACCCGCAGAUGGAAAUGCGGCGUGAAACGAUACGCUCGGGCGUGUUCAAGCCUGGUCACCGCCUCCCGACGAUGACGUUGGAGGAGUACGCGGACCGCGAGGUGGCGGAUGCCAUGGAGAGGCAGAAGAGAGAACAGGAGGCACCGCAGGGACCGCGUCGGUAUGACCAGCUCGUAGAAGACGGCGAUGAAGACGACGAGAAGUUAGUGGAGGAGGCGACGUAUAAAGAUCGCGCCUGGGACGACUGGAAGGAUGCAAACGAGAAGGGUAUCGGUAACAAGAAAGGAUCGCAGUUUUGA